GUCCAACAAUAGUCAAAAGUCUGUUUGUACUUAAUUCAACCAAAAACAGUGGAUAUAUUUAUUCAUUUAGUACCAGGAGCUUUUUUUAUACACACACACACACACACAUAUAAAUAAUAAAUACAUAAAGUUAUCAACACAGUCGGUUGUGACGAAAGACAUCGUUACGUCUCCAUUGUAUCAAGUUCAACAUUUCCGCUCUGCAAUUAACACUUUGCAGCUCAUGUUAGACUAAACCAAACUUCGGUUCUCGGACUCACAGACAGGUAUUAUAGUGUAUCAGGAUCCUUGCUAAAAGAAUUACCAUUUUUUGGCAUAUAAUUGCCAGGCACCACCGCUCGAGAAAUCGCUGAAGAAUAUAAGGUUGAUAUCCAUAUCAAAUUAUUGAAAUUACUGCCGAUAAUGUUUCUAUGGAAAACAUCACUUUUGAUGCAGAUUUUAUUUUUGACUUGUUGCCCAACUUCUUCAUGGGGAACACCUUGGAACUGCAGUGUCACUGGUCCAGUCAUAGUGACGUCAUUCUCGUUACCAGAGAGGUAUUCAGUUCAAACCGAGUCCAAACAGAACAACAGCUCAAACAUACAUAUUAUGCAUGAAAUCUAUUUUCACAACGUUUCAAAGCUAACAGUCAGAAAUCUAACUCACAUCACAAGUUGUUUGUAUGAUUAUAACUUUGACCAACUUGUAACAAUAGUCACAGAUUUGGAAGGAACAAGAAUUGGCUCUUGCUCUGUAAAUCCACUGGAAAAGCUCUCACCCUGCGUACCUGGUCAUACAGAGACUAUACCACUUUUUCAAAUUUCACGUCUUGGAACCUGGGUGGCAACAGAUAUGGUUAAAGUACGUCAGAUAGAGUCUACCCAUUUCGAACUGUGUCUCAAUUACUCAAGCCAUGAAGAAAUUAAGUUACAUGCAUACAUUGCCGAUUCAUGGAAUUUUCCUGAAUUAAAACCAGAGUUUUCCGCUUUUGUGAUGGUAAAAUUCGAAGAAGUAGAUGGAAUCAUUGUAAAUGAUUAUGUUGAUUUCCACACAAGCCCUACCUAUAAAAAUAUACAGUUACCUUUUGGAACAUUCUGUGAAAAUAUGAAAUUUCGUAACGUAUCCUUGCCUAAAAUACCAGAUGUCUUCGCCAUGCACUAUGAGAAAGUAUUCCUAAAGGAGAUAACUACCGAAAAGUUAACAUUUGACCUGAACAAGAAAUAUGUUUUGUAUGAAAUAGAAAACCAAAAUGUCUCCCAUGGUGCCAAUAUAAUCAUAUAUGACUACUACACGGGUCACAAAUACACAAUUAUUAAAGCAACAGGGCAAUGCCAGAAUGUUGAGAUACUUCAGAAUGGCGAUCUGUUUGUGGAAGGAUCUUCUUCAAAAUUGAAAAUGACUGAUGCCUUAAGUUUCUUCUAUCUGAAGAAAUCCACCUUCGAAUAUAUUGGAAUGCGUCAACUCCGUGGUGUCUUGUGUAAUGUGUGGGCUGGAUAUCAUUUUGACGAGGAUUCCAGAGAAAACACCACUAUAGAAUGGUAUUUUACGCAGAAAAAUUGGACAGACAAUAUCGGUGAAACUGCUGAAAGAUUUGUCAUCUUCCGUAUGGAUGUUUGGAUGCAUGGUAAUCCAGAAGCAUAUGUUUAUAAUAUUUAUCAGUUUGAUACAGCACCUCCUUCUUGGUCUACUUUUGACAUCACUCCAUGUGCUAGUUAUUCUGAUAAAGUACAUUUUACAAUCCAGUUCCACGUGAACAAUAAAAGCAGGACAAUUCUAAGGCACCUGACAGAUCAUUCUUCAGUUCAGCAAUUACAAGUAGCACUUUCAAAAAUGAGUCAAAUAACGCCUGUUCGAAUCGCUCAGACAGAGAUGGAUGUUGAUUUGGAUGGAAAGAAAUUAUUUUUUUCUGCUUCACUGCUGGAUGCCCCUAAAGAAGAAAAUAAACGUUUUCGAAGCGGCAUAAAAGAUAAUGAAAUGGCAUACGUGAUGAUCCGAGGAUUUAUGAUGAAUCAGUGGAAUUUUUCAAUUGAAAUGAAAAUAAAUUCGAAGGAAAAGAUGAUUGUGAACAUCACGGCUGAGAACAUAUGGAAGUCUUCAGCAGACAGAAUAUUCUCUUCAACCACAAAAACACUGGAAUCAUCAACGACUGCACAUAAGGCAACAGUUACCAGCAAACCAGUCACCACGAGUUCAGUUUUCAAAUCAACCGCAUCUCACAGCACGAAACAUUCUUUGAGAUCUUCAUCUCCACAUCCUACACGUCCUGUUCAUACUACUAAACAUAAAACCUCAAACAAACCAAUAAUAACAUCCUUCGCCACAACUUCUGUCCAUUCAACCACACGAAGAUCUUCAAAGGCCCCAACUAAAUCAUCUCCUUCAAGUAAAUCUGUUCCUUCUACUAAACACACCACCACCUCAAACGCACCCAAAGUUUCAUCCGUUACUCCAGCAUUAAGACAUUUCACGAGCUCCCAGACAUCAACACCUUCCAAAACUACUUUCAAAACGACUUUAUCAAACAAGAAAUCAACAAAUAAACAUCUUCGCACAACAACCAUGACUUCAAAAUCACCAAGUUCGACGAGAAAGGCCAAAACCAAACUCCCUAACUUUUCUACCAUUCCCGCUUUCAUCCUUCCAGGACCCAUGGUGUGCAGUUGUCCAACACAAACAACUUCAAAAACUUGCUCUGAAAGUUUGUCACAAAGUAGCGAAGAUAUGUUUACUCGAAGUACACUUGCUGGAAGUAUAUUUGGCGGUUUCUUUCUUGGUAUAGCUGCAGCCUUGAUAUUAAACGCUGUAAGGCUGCGGUUUAUAAAUAGAUUCAAAGGACCUCAUUACCACAGCACCGAUAACCCUUACGCUCAAUUCUAGAAUAACUCAUAACUUAAGCAAAGAUGCCCUCUUUUGUUAUAUCUUGUAUUCUUGUCUGCUUUCCACCUACAUACCUACCUACAUAUAUACACAUAUACACAUGCAUAUGUAUGUACAGAAAUUAAAUAUAUAUUCCACAUAUAUACAUACUUACGCAUAUGUAU